ACUGCACAAACACAACAAUCUCUCUCUCUCUCUCUCUCUAAAAACCCUAACACUUUCUCACUCUACAAACUCAUCAUCUCCCACAUGACAACUUCUUCAACAGUAACGGACAUGAGCCUGGGCCAUAACGGCGUUAACAACGGCGGUAGAGGAUCAGGAAGAAGAAAAACAAAGGGGUCGACCGAGUUGACUCAGAAGAAAAACAAACAACCUCAAAGAGGACUGGGCGUUGCAAAGCUUGAAGAACUUCGGUUACAAACAAACAACGUUGAACAGCUCGAACAACUUGAACGACUUCGGUUACAAGAAAGGUGGAAGAAAAUGACCGAACUACCCUUCGUCCCAACGCCUGUCCAAAACGUCGCCGUUCAGUUCCGUCAUCCAGCUCAUGUUUCUACUCCUGCACAGAUGGUGGUUCAAGGCAUUAAUAUGUAUCCGAUGGAUCCGUCUGUCAUCGGAUCCAAUAUUAAUAAUGCUUGUUACCGAUUCGAUAACCCGAAUGAGUUGUAUUCGGUUUCUAGCUACAUGAAAUGUGCUUCUGAUGGAUGUGGUGUUUGUCACAAGAAAAAGCGGAUCGCGGGUGGAGCUAGCCACUGCUCGGUGAAUCCGUUUCGUAACUUCUGCGGGAGUAUGGAAAUGACGGAUGCUGGGAAAACUCGUCGCGGUUCAGGACAGGUGACGGAAUAUGACUUUUUCCCGGGGAAAUGUGGCGGGGCUGAGGAGAACAAAGAGUUAUUGAGUAUGGGAUCGACAGCGGCAUGGUGUGGUAGCGGUGCUUCAGUUGCAGGAACGAUCGGGUUACGUGGUGGUGAGGGUUCAUGUGUGACGGCUAUAACUGGUGGAGAAGAAGGAAGUGUGUCUUCACUUGAUUUGUCUUUAAAACUUUCUUAUUGAUUAGUUUGUUAGUAAGUAAGCAGGAUGUUGUGUUUCACCUUUUGUGUGUAUAUCAAACUUAACCGCCAGUCCACAAGUGCUUUUGCUUAAUUAAUUAGUUUAUAAUAUUAAUAUUAAUGUUAACAAGA